GGUUCAUUACGAUGUGAUGUCAAUGUUUCUGUACACGAACAUGGAACACCAUAUGGCACCAGAUGUGAAAUUAAAAAUUUGAAUAGUAUUAAGUUUUUGAUGGCAGCCAUUGAAAGGCAGAUAAAAGAACUAGAAAAUGGGAAUAAUAUCGAACAAGAGACCAGAGGAUUUGACGUGUCAAAAAGUCAAACAUUUAGAUUAAGAUCAAAAGAAACUGCUACUGAUUAUAGGUAUCAGGAAUGCUUUGCUAUUUAA